GGAGAUCUAAUAAGGAUUUCUUAGUAAUACGAAUAUUUUAGAGUGGAGGAAAGCAGGGCACACUUUUGAUAUUCAGGUAGAAAAAUGAACAGCGUAUAAGAGAGACACGUAUUAAUGACAGUGAAAUGAUAGCACCAGCACACAUAAUGAGUUUAGUUGCACGACGGCUCCUGACUGAACUUUGUCACCACACACCAGUAUUACGAUGGGAAGGCUGAGAGGGGCGGGCGGAAGCUCCGUUGGAGCAGGUGCUGUUUCCGCCGGAAUAAGCGACCUCAUUCCAGUCUUUCCGUGACCUGUACACCCCUCGGAUUUUUAUAUUUGGAUUCUUGGGAGGGCCCACACUGGUUGUCAUGGACACUUGACAAAGAAUGCAACAGAAAAACUAAUUGGUUCAAGGAGUGCCCUGCAAUCAUACAUCAGUGUGUUGCAAUCCCAUCUGUGCCUGUAACCAUGGAUUCAUUUAUUCAGAUUACAAACCAAAGUCAGGGAAGAGAUCGUUUUUUCAGAGCAACUCAGUAUGCAUGCAUGUUGCUUAGGUAUUUAGUAGAGAAUAAACCUGGGGCACAGAAAGUGGCAAUGAAGCUGAAACAGGUGGAAUCUAACAUGAGUUCUGGGCGUAAAUUGUUCAGGCUCGGCAACUUUGUGCAUGCUUUAAAAGCUUCAAAAGCAUCCAUGCAGAUUUUAGACCCAAUUCCACGCUGCUGCCUAACUGCGGCCAACUUGAAUCGUGUCUUCUAUUUCGUAUGUGACACAGUUCUUUGGGCACGAAGUGUUGGCGUAGUGUCUGGUAUCAGCAAGGAGACAUGGCUUUACAGAGCAACCAAGUGUUAUUACUACUCACUUCUGCUCAAUAUACUUACAAAUAUAUACGAAAUAUCAUGGCGUAUGGAAAAAGAGGCCAAGGAGAGAAAACAGCAAGCAAGUGAUACUAUUACUGCUGAAAGUGACCAAGACCUGAAAAUCCUUUCUGUUUUACCAAAAGGGUUUGAGAAUUUCCUGUUCCUGCUCUUUUUAAGUUUCCGAAACCACCCACCUCUUUUGUUAGAUACCGUGAAAAAUGUCUGUGACCUUUUAAGUCCCCUUGAUCGCUUAGAAAUAUACAGUACCAAUCAAGGGGUCAUUGGCAUUUGUGGCCUUGUCUCUUCUAUUGUAGGCAUCCUUACUGUGGCAAAUCCAUCACUAAAGAUAAAGCACUUAACAUAAAAUACUACUAAAGAGUUAAAAAAGCAUAGCGAGAAUGCAAUUCUAGAAACAGAAUAUGUCAGAGAGAUCUAGGUUUACGGUAACUUGAUUUUAAUUUUAUUAAUUAGGCAUUGAAAUGUUUGCAAUAUCAUUUUUUUCAGCACUUUGUACCAUUUUAAAUAUUUUUACUUUACAAAGAAGGUUUGACAGGUAUUUAUAAAUAUACAGACUUUUUACAUUUCAAAAGUCUUGCUCUGCUACUGUUUUUCUCUUUCUAGUCUUUACAAUUUAUGCAAAGAUGGAAGAUGACUAAAGCAUAGUGGGCAAUAAACAGCUAUUUAACGACAUACAGCCGACCCUGUGAACCCUGGGGGCUUGGCCUGGUCAUGUGGGCUGCUAUAUUGGACUACUUUGCCUUUCUUCCAGCUACCAACCCCCCAUACAUACUGUUCAAUGAGUGGUGGGACCAAUCCCAGCCUUUUCCACACAAAUCAAUAU